AAUAGUAUCGUGGUGAAGAAUACCUUUUUGAAGUUGCUUUUACUGAAUCAAAAUGACUGAAAAAUCAGAAGUAAGAAUUCGACAAAGAUUCUACUGGUUGUCAAAUACUAUCUUUCAUCAAGUUUUGGCUGUUACUUGUGGAUUUAUAUUUUAUAUAUUUUUUAAGAGCCAUGAUCUUACUUCGGCCAGAUUUCUACACAAUUUCUUGGCUUCUGGAGCUUACAUUCCAUUAAUGGCUGAAGGUUUUAUAUUAUUUACUGAAUCAAAUGUCUGGUCACUCGAAGCAAACAGAAGUAUAAAAGGAUGGGUCCACGGUGCACUAUUAAGCGUCAGUGUUAUAUGCGCCUCCGUUGGUAUAAUUGUAGAAAUCAUUGGAAAAAAUAAAACUUCUUCCCCACAUUUUCACACCUUGCACGCCAAAUUAGGUCUUGCUUCAUGGAUCAUGUGCUUUACAUUAGUCCUCAGUGGUUUGUUGACGGUAUAUGCUGCCAAAUUAAGAAAUUAUGUAAAACCUUUAUACAUAAAGUUGUUCCAUGAGAUUGUGGGACUAGCAUGCUUUGUUACCGGGGUCUACUCUUUGUAUCUAGGCCUUCCCAAAUGGGGAUUUGCCAUGUAUGUGACAGCAUCCGAGUUAACUGCAACCAAAACAUUGGUGAUCAUCGUAGCAGUUUGGAGUAUUCUUGGAACUUGUGUGUCCAUCUUUAACAACAUUAAAAAUGUAUUUACCUAAAACUACCUUAUUAGUAAGUAAAAAAUAAUUAAUUCAGUCAAUUUGUAAUCUACGAGCAGCUCCCUAGUGGGAAAGUUUUGGGGUAGAUUUCUUUUAUUAUAUACGUAUUUUGGGCGGCUGAAUUCGAAUAUGAGGUUUGCGGACAACAUUUCGUGACGGAACAUUGAGUAAAUCGCAAGAAAAAGCGAAAAAGUCUGCUUCUUCCCGCUUUUUUGCUUAAAUCUGGAAAACUAUUAACUUUUAGUAAAUGGUCUGUUUUUUUAUUACAAACGCCAUCUGUUUAUUUCAAACCAUAAACACUAAGCAUUUCUGUUGAACAGAAUUUUUCUGUUAACAGAAAUGCCAGAAUGGUCUGUUACCAUAAAUUAAAGUACUUAAAAUUCUCUACAAAUAUCACUAUUUACUUUUUUUCUCAGAGGAACUGUUUGGUCUAAAGUGCAAGUUGAAAAUUGCCAAUUUUUAACGGUCUCUGCAAAACCCACUUUUUAUAUUUCAAAAUUUUAUUUUUUAUUAGAAUGCUGUCAUUUGAUAAAAAUGACGUUUCCGGCACAAAUAAUUAAAAAGAAAAAGAAGGUCGAAAUUGUAUAAGCAGUGUCACUAAAGGUAGGACUGUUCUUCUUCUUUAAAUACCGUGCCCAAAUUUUAGGCGUAGGUAACUUCCAUGACAAUUUGCCUAUAUUGUUCUCGAUCUUGCGCGGCCUGAAAUAGUUGGCCUCCUGAUAAGCCAGUCCAUUGACGAAGGUUUCGGAGCCAUGAACAUUUCUUUCUAACAAAUCCACUUUUUCCGUCGAUCUUUUCGUUGAGUAUUAAAUGCAGCAUCCCGUAUCUGCUACCUCUCAUUAUAUGCGCAAGAUAUUCAAGUUUUCUCUUUUUUAUCAUCUUGAUUAAGUCACCUGCGCCUUGACCUACUCUGUUUAAGACUUCUGUGUUCGAAAUGCAUUGAACGUAAGAUAUUCUGAGCAUUCUACGAUACGACCACAUCUCGAGGGUUUCUAAUUUGUUCAUCAUGUAAUCCUUCAUGAUCCAGGUUUUACAUCCAUAUAGUAAAACAGGAUAAGUUUCAUAAAUGCUCCUUUUGCAAUUUCUAUACGAGUUUUAAUUUCUUCAUUCGGAUUUAGUGUCUAGUUUAUCCAACAUCCUAAAGUAUUUAAAAUGGUUAACUUUUGUUAUCGGGACUCUAACAAAAUAAAACUUAAAAUAUCGUGGUUAUUAAUAUUACAAAUUAAAAUACAAAAUGUUGUAUAAUAUAAAAUUAUAUGAGCCGUAGUCUUUUAGAAGGUCUUGGCUGUGGUUCUCCGGUGGCGAUGGGUCUGGAAAAUAUUCUGCUUGUUCUGGAAAAUAAAAGAGAUUGUGUCAGUUCUAAAGGGGAAAUGAUGAUUGCAAAAUAGAUUGUGAGAUUAAACAGACCUUCCGCAUUGUGCUAUGGUUCUUCGAUGGCAUCAUAUCCUGGCUCAGGGUCUGAUUGCUCCAUCGAGCAAUCGUCAGGGUUCGUUCUCCUGGAUAAUAAAAGAGGUAGUGAUACUGAACGAUUACGAAAUAACUUGUUAGAUUCUACAUACCUCUGCCUCUUUCUUCAGUCUCUUCUACGUCUGUAUCAGAGCUAUCUUUCGGGAGCUUAACGUUGUCACACAGUCCUUCGCAUGAUGUGAAAAUUGGGCAGCAAUGGAGGCUCGUUUUCCUGCAACCACAAUUGCGUUGGCAGCCCUUUUUACAUUUUCAAAAAAUAUACCGUAGUAGUGAGUUUGGGGCAGGGUCCAAAGUGGUUGGCACUGGCACGAGACCACUAGUAGUUUUUUUCCAACCCCACUUACUUGGAUCUUUUUGUUGCUCGUCAGGUGUGGCUUGAUAUAAAUAUAACCAUUGCUGCACCUGAUAGUAAACUUUAAGUGAAUGUUCUCGUGCAGCAGAUUCGGUAGGGGGUAAUGAGGCAAUGUUCAGACUGGUCUCUUUGUUUCUUUCAUAUAGAGCCACGAGAAACAUGUUUCCUGCUGUGGCAAACUCAUUCUGAUAUGCAUUAGGGUCUUUAAAAGCCUCAAUGGUUGGUUGCAAGUCUGUGUUCUUUGCAAGACACUAAGAAAUUUCGGUUUCCCCUGAUUAAACAACGCAGAAGUAGUAUCACAACCACUCAUCACAUGUAGGAAUAAGAUAUGGUCCAUAGGGAUUUUUUCAGCAGCCUGAUGAGGGUUGUAGAAGCUUUGCGAAACCCUUCCUUUUCCUGGUUUCAGAAAAAAAUAGAUGUUUUGUGUUAGGACUACACAGGCCAAUCAAAAUGACCAGAAGGUCGAUAUCUUCCCCCACCACUGUCACUGUUCAUUUGACGGUGCCAUCUCAAGAGCUGUUGUGAUAAUUAGAAUAUCAGUAUUCUCCACUAGAUUGAGGAUGUAAAUUUAUUAAAUAACAGCAUUCUAAUAAAAAAUAAAGUUUUGGAAUGUAAAAAGUGAAUUUUGCAGAGACCCUUACAAAUUGGCAAUUUUCAACUUGCACUUUAGGGCCGGUUUUUCAGUGCUGGGUUAACCUAUUUAUUUUUCGGUCACCGAAAUAUUCAUGGUUAAUCAGUUUUUCAGUACUAGGUUAGAGUUUAAAUUCGUUUAAGUUAACCAAGAUUUUAACCGAUCCUCGUUAGAUGGUUUAACUCAGAAUUUUGCGGUUACGCUUGCGCAUGGGUGCAGUGAAUGUAAUCAGAUGUUUAUUUUGAGUACCUGCCUGACACUGACAGAAGAGAUUAGUUGGGUUAUGUUAUUUUGUUUUUAUCGCGGGAAGUAUUCUACCUCCGUAUUAUUAUAAGGAAAUUAUUAUACGUUAUUAUCGAAAUUAUAAAUUGUUAUCGUUAUUAUAUAGGAAGGAAUUAUAAGGAAAUAUAUUUAAAUAUAUUAUAACAGUAACAGGUACCUAUGUUUACACACAUCUGUAACAGGAUUUAAUGUAUGAUUUCUAGUACCUAGUGUUUUAAGAAGAUAAUUUUAUAUUUGUCUAUUACCAAACAGUUUGACUCCUUAUUUCCUGGUCAAUCUGUUCAAGUUCAAAUAGUGAUAACACCGUGGCCUUUGACAAACGAAAUCGGCAAAAAAGUCUAAAUCGUCACAGUAAUAAUUGUAAUGCUCUUCUGUUAUGAAACCGAGGUAGACGUUAUGAAUGAACUAAAUAAAUAUUCCGAACUUGAUACUGCAUUAAUAAUUUUUUUUUAAUUUGGUUAUAGACCGGGCAGUAUCGUCGCCCCCGCUAGCAAAAUUAUUCCGAUUCGAUUUUUUUGCACAAACUUACUCAAAAAGAGGUCCUUAUAACAUAUCCACAGGGUGCCGGCCGGUGCCGUGGUCGAAAAAUUGUUUAAACAAUUUUUUUGUAAACAAAUUCACAAAAAUAAUUUUUUCAUUUCAAACAAAAUUUUUUAGAUAAAUUGGCUUAUUCUGAGCAAAAAAGGUCUCUUGUCAUUUUUUUUUCUAAAAUAGCUUGUUGUCGAGUUAUAUGCGAUUAAAGAUUUGAAAAAUGCGAAAAUGGCCAUUUUCAAGGCUUAAUAGCUCGAGUAAACAUUAUUAUUAUGGAAUUCAAAAAGUGACCAAAUCAAGUUUCAAACCCCUUCUUCAAGGUCCUGAAGAGAUCUUUGUGAUUAUUUUAUUACAAAGCUGUUAUUUUUAAUUAUUAACUUGCUAUGUUAAAAAGCUGUUAUUAUUAUUUUAUCCGUCGCCCCCGUUAGUAAAAUUAUUCCGAUUCCAUUUUUUUGCAGAAACUUACUCAAAACGAGGUCCUUAUAACAUAUCCACAGGGUGCCGGGUGGUGCUGUUGUCGAAAAAUUGUUUAAACAAUUUUUUUUAAACAAAUUUACAAAAAUAUUUUUUUUAUUGCAAACGAUUUUUUUUUAGAUAAUUUGGGUUAUUUUGAGCAAAAAAGGUUUUCUGUGAUUUUUCUCUAAAAUUGAUUGUUGUCGAGUUACAUGGCCAUUUUCGCAUUUUUCAAAUUAUAAAUCGCGUAUAAUUCAACAACCGAUCGUAUAACAAUCAAUUUUAGAAAAAAAUCACAAGAGACAUUUUUUGCUCAGAAUGUCCCAAAUUAUCUAAAAAAAAUUUGUUCGAAGUGAAAAAAUUAUUUUUGUGACUUUGUUUAAAAAAAAUUGUUUAAACAAUUUUUCGACCAAGUCACCGCCCGGCACCCUGUGGAUAUGUUAUAAGAACCUCGUUUUGAGUAAGUUUCUGCAAAAAAAUUGAAUCGGAAUAAUUUCACUAACGGGGGCGACGAUACUUCCUGGACUAUAGCGCUAAUUGUUAAUAAUUAAAAAUAACAGCUUUCUAAUAAAAUAAUGACAAAAAUCUCUUCAGGGCCUUGAAGAAGGGAUUUGAACCUUGAUUUGGUGACUUUUUGAAUUUCAUAAUAAUAAUGUUUAAUCGAGUUAUUAAGCCUUGAAAAUGGCCAUUUUCGCAUUUUUCAAAUUAUAAAUCGCGUAUAAUUCGAAAACAAUCAAUUUUAGAAAAAAAUUACAAGAGACAUUUUUUGCUCAGAAUGUCCCAAUUUAUCUAAAAAAAUUUUGUUCGAAAUAAAAAAAUUGUUUUUGUGAAUUUGUUUAAAAAAAAUUGUUUAAACAAUUUUUCGACCACGGCACCGCCCGGCACCCUGUGGAUAUGUUAUAAGGACUUUUUUUAAGUAAGUUUGUGCAAAAAAAUCGAAUCGGAAUAAUUUCGCUAGCGGGGGCGACGAUACUGCCCGGUCUAUUAUGAAAUUGUUUUUUAUUUAUUUUUCUGUUAAGUUGAUCAUUAUUUCUCGAAUUGCACAUGCGCAAGUACAGUUACUGCUGCCAACUGAAGAAAAAAGUGGUUAGCUAACCGAGAUUUUCUUAACUUGGUUUAAAGCACUGAGAAACGCUAUGAGGGUUAAAAUAUUAGUUAAAAUUUAAACUAGGAUAGCUAACCAAAAUUUUAACCGCUCACUGAAAAACUGGGCCUUAGACCGAUAACGGUCUGAAAAAAAGUAAAUAGUGAUAUUUGUAGAAAAUUUUAAGUAAUUAAAUUUUGUUAACACACCGUUUACUAGAAGUUAAUAGUUUUCGAGAUUUAAGCAAAAAAGCGUGAAAAAGCAGAAAUUUUUCGCUUUUUUCGCGAUUUACUCAAUGUUCCGUCACGAAAUUUUGUCCGCAAACCUCAUAUUCGGAUUCAGAAGUCCAAAAUACAUAGGAAAUGAAAUAGAUCAGAACUACCCCAAAACUUUCCCAGUCAAAACACAAUGAUUGAAUUAAAUGUAGAUAAAAACAUUUUAGUCUGUAACGAAAUAUUUUGUUAUUUUUAUUUAUAAUUGUAAGGUAUACAGUGAUGAGUGCCAUAAUAACUCGCAAAAUAACGUAAAACAUGAAAAACAUUAAGUUGUGAGAUAGUACGAGCACUCUACGAAAAAGGUACGUAAUAUCAAUAAAAAUGUUAAUUCAGACAACAAACGCAAUACUUAAAAUUUGUCCGAUUCUUGGUUUUAUUGGGACAACAAAACGAUGUUUUUGUUGAAUGGAUGAACAUUCAUUAUGUAUACCAUAAUAUCACUUUAUUGUUAUUACGAACUCUGUUCACUGGGUCAACGAACACUAUUUAUUGAUAUUACGAACUCUGUUCACUGAGUUAACGAACACUAUUUAUUGAAACAACAACGUCGUUAAUUGACCGACGAAGACUAUUCGUUGUGUCAAUAACAGUGUUAUUUCUCCUAACGUAUUUCGUUUAUUUCUACAGUUAUUUCCGUUUAUUGAUACAAUUAAUUCCGUUCAUUCCCACAAUAAAUACGGUUUUUCUUACAAGCAAUUCUAUUCAGUCUUACAAUCAGUUUCGUUCAUUCCUACUAUGAACGUACAUAUUUUAUAUUAAUAAUUACUGAAUGCAAUAGCCCAAUGUAUGAUAUUAAUUGAUUAAUAAUAAUUUUUUAAAUCCCCCUUUUUUGUCCUUAACCUAAAGGACUUUACACUGUGUGAUUUUUCAUAUGAUUUCACUUAUAAAGUGUACUGCGAUAAGUGUUACACUCCACCCACCCCCUUAUUAACUUAUUUAUUUUUAGCACAUAAGCAAAACGCUCGGACAGGUCGAUUUUUAAAAUAAUCAAAGUAUAUUAUAACAUCAAUGUUUCGAACUUUACACGAUCCCUCUUCAGGUGACAGGCGAGGCGUAACUUUGAUUUUUUUUAAUGGGAAAGUACGUCAUGUGACAGCUUAUUUAAAAGCGUUUGAAAUAGUGAUUCCAAAAAUGUAUAACACUUUUUUCCUUUUUGAGAGCGCAGGUGCAAAAUUUCGAUCGAAUUCUUUUUAAACGCAUUCAUUUUUUUUGGAAUACUGAGAAAACUAAUAAGUAUUUUUGAAAAAAUUAAACGCAGAAUAAAAUAUUACAUUAUUACCGAGGGCAGAAAGUCCCUUAGAAUAAACAAAAAGUUUCUGUUGAAUGGUAUGCCUAUUUGAAAUUAAAAAUCAUACUAAAUUUUCUCUUCUCCACCCCUGUGACUUAUUAAAAUAAUCAUUAUAUAGGUUCUCAGGGACUUCAGACCCUCGAUAAUCUGUAAUAUUUUAUUUUGCAUUUAAAUUUUCAAAAAUAAUAAUUAGUUUUCUCAGGAUUCGAAAAAAAUUAAAUACAUUUAAAAAGAAUUCGACCGAAAUUUCACGAUAAUAGACACACAAAAACUUCCUUUCACUACGGACUACACUUGAAAACGAAAUGCAAUUAUUAUUCGGCAUUUCGGUAACACAGAGAAGCUAGGGGUAUCACGAUAAGGAAAAGCCGUUAACUUUCAAAUGGUAAAGCAAAACAUUUAUUGUCUCAACAACUACGAUUAUUGUCACAAUGACGCAUUCAUUGUGGGUAUUAAAUGCAGUAGUAGAAUGAUUAAUGCAUUCGUUGUCACAACAAUCAAUUUACAUCUAUUCAAUAAUCAUAUAUUACUCUAUAUUAACAACAUUUGUACAUUGUUUUAAUGAAAUCUGUACGUUGUCACGAUAAACCAAGGUAAUUGCUUGUCAUCUACGAAAUCAAGAACGUGAGUUGCUGCCAGAAUUAACAGUAUUAAUUAAAUAUACGAAACUACGUUAUUGGCUGAAUAAAUUGAGUGUUAUUGAUUAAUGUACUCUAGUUAUUCUCACAAUUAUUAUUCAAUCAUUGUGACAAUAACCAAAUACAUUCGUCAAUGUCUAAAAGUUCGUUGAAACAACAAAUUAAAUUGUUGUGACAACGAAAUACUAUUCAGUAAUCACUGUUAAUCAAUAUUACGAACUAAAUUUUUUUGGAGUGAGAUAACGCUAAUUCUUAUAUGUGGUUAGUUGACUUUAGUCAUAAUUAUACGUAUGACGUCGAAGUACAUUUUAUUUUAAUGUCUUAUGUUAUUAGUUUCGGCUGAUAGGUACAAACAAACGUCAAAUCUAAAUAGAAACGUUAAAUACACUUAGUUUCAGACUAAAAUUGGGGCUUAUUAAAGCAGAUUGUGUAAUGGUCGGCAGUUAUCCCUGAGCGACAAUAGUAUAUUAUUUAACGAGCAUGUAAUGAUGGCUAUUACUCACGAUGAUGAAGUUGAACACCGCUUAUUAAACUGUUUUUGUUUUGUUGUUAUUAACACUUUACUGCACAAAUAACAGCAAAAUCAAAUCUUUCGUGAAUUUUGGGACAGCUUUUACCGAUAUUUUCCCACCUCUACUAGUUUCAUCUCUUUUUAUUUUACAACGUAUUAUAGUUUUCCAUCUUUUGCGUUAUUUUGCCGGUUAUUAGCGCGGUCAUCACUGUAUGAUGAAUCUUGUACGAAUCGUUGAAUCUGAAUUUUUUUAAUUAUGUAAUAUUAUAAAAUAAAUUCUAAAUUUAAUUUACUUUUACCAAAGACCACCAGAAAAUGUGAAACAUUAGAUUAUAAAAAAUACUAUUAUGUAGUUAGCUCUCGUAAUAUUAGCUUCACAUUUCUAACAUGCAUUCUCGUAAAUAUUAUGUAUUUAACCAAAUGUAAAUAUAUAAUUUAUUUUCUUA